CACUUGGCGGAGGUUUACGCACACCUCGAAGAAAGCGACUACAGAGUGGGAGUCAUCAACAGCCGCGCCCGCUGCCUCCCAACAGCAGCAGCACUUUCUUUGAUGCAGCACAGCCACUUUGGAUCUGCAAAAAAUGUUCUAGUUUCAAAUUUAAAAGCUCUCCAGGCCCAGGGCAUGCGCCUGGACACCGAAGAGCGGCGAGAGGAAGUCACGUGGUGGGAGCGGAUGUGGAUUGACUGUUGCCGCGAACUAAACCGCUGGAAUUCGCUGCACGAGGUUUCGCAAGCUGCUGCUCGCCGCUCGCGGCUUUCGCUGCAGUGCGCAGCAAAGCUGCAGCACUGGGGGGACAUAGACCGGCUGCUGCAGCUGCACCAGAUCAACGAACCCGCCACCAAGCUCUGCCAAACCUACCAGUCGCUUCACGAAGUGCUGUAUCCCAAGGGGCAACUUGAGACGGAUUCUAGGCCGUGGUUUAGGACGGAGAAGCUGCAGGAAAUCGACAUGCACUGCGCUGAGGUGCAGCGGCUGCUGUUGCAAUCGUGGAGAAGCCUCCCUUCAAUUCCAACCGACGCCCACGUGCCGUUGCUGCUGCAGUUCCAGCUGUAUGUAGAGCUUCUUGAGGGUUACAAACUAAUUCUGCAUCUGGCCAAGAAAAUCAGCAGCCCAGGGGAGGUCCCAUUGGUGCGUACGACUUUGAACGCAUGGAGAGACCGUCUUCCGAACGACUGCGACGCGAUCAGCUGCUGGAACGACCUCUUCGUCUGGCGGAACUUCGUGUUCAGCAUCGUGCAGUCCGCAGUGGCGUCUUGCCCGCACUUGUCCCGCGAGGAGAAGCGGCUGCUGCCGCCCUUCCUGCAGGACCUGCCCUGGACGAUGAUUCGUUUUGCGGCCAUCACCCGCAGCGCCCACCAACUCAAAGACAUUUCGCUGGCGCUGCUUAUCAAGCUGCAGCACCUGCCGGCCUUCAGCCAGCCGGCCUACGCCCAGGAGCACCUCGCUGCGCUUGUGCGAGGGUUUAGGGUUUAG